AUGGCACAUGGCAACGGAAUUGACGCUGCAGGUGCCCCCGGCCCGGUAUUCAACGUGCUCUUUGUGGGCGCCGGCGGCAUCGUGUUUGGUAACGACUGGGUGCGGUGGAAUCACAGUGCUCACCUCGAGCGGAUUCUUGGCCGUCGGCUACGAGUUGUAGGAAUCGUCGAUCCUAGUCGCGAACGGUUCGAAUGGGUAAUGCCCCGGAAGGAAGCCUCACUGGCCAAAGAAUGCUAUGCUGCGACACAGCACUACAUCUCGGUGCAACAGGCAGCCGAUGACCGCAAGGCCACUGACGAGGACUCAAAGACUGGCCCUGUUCACCUUAUCAUGUUGGCGUCGCCGCCGCAAUUCCGGGGCACGACAUUGCCGGGGGCGGAUCUGGAGAAACAGCUAGUUGCCGCCUUUGGGUCUGGCCCGGCGAUCUUUGCCGAGAAGCCAGUUACGACCGGGUCAGCCGAUGAGGCCUACGCAGUGGCGCGUAGCUUGAGCGCAUCCGGCAACCUCGUCGGUGUAGGUUACAUGCUGCGCUAUCUCAAGGUGGUGCAGAAGGCAGCACGAAUCAUCCGCGAUAACAAUCUAGUUGUCAUGAGCGUGACAGCGCGUUAUGUGACGGCUUACGCAAAAAUGCGAAAGGCAGAGUGGUGGAACAAGGAAACACAAGGAGGACCGAUUGUCGAGCAGGCCACGCACUUCUGCGACCUUUGUCGCUAUCUCGGCGGCGAGGUGGUCAUGGAUUCUGUCCGGGCCACUGCUUUAGAACACGAUGAAAAGGCAGGCAAACUGAGUCAUUUCACGGAUGCGAUCCAGGAAGAUACGAUACCAGCUGCGAAAAGAAUUCCCAGAGUCACUUCUGCCUUCUGGAAAUAUGACAGCGGUGCAAUAGGAAGUCUCAAUCAUAUCAUCGCUCUCCACGGUAUCACCUACUCGAACGAGAUCGACGUGGUUGCCGAUGGAUACCAGAUGAGGCUCGUGGAUCUAUACAAUGAACCAAAGCUGUUUGUCAGAUAUCCGAGCAAUGAGAAAGAGGCGGAAUACUACUAUUCAGGUGACGAUCCAUUCUACAACGAGCUGGCCGCUAUUUGCUGCGCCCAAGAUAGGAAGAUCAACGCAGGGGAGACCAGGCCGGCAACCAACAACGUACAGGACGGAGCGAAUGUUGAAGGUGAUGACCUUCUCCCGAACCGGAUCCUGAGCUCAUUUGAGGACGCAACGAAGACAUAUGAAUUCAGUUGGAAAAUCAGGCUAGAAAUCGACGAGCCAAUGCAUGCCCCUGACAAACAGAAGUGUUUGACGGAAGACUGCCAGAAUGAGGCUGGCACCUUACAAUGUCCUACCUGCCUAAAGUUGGGCAUCAAGAGCAGCUACUUCUGCUCUCAAGAUUGCUUCAAGAAGAACUGGAAUGAACACAAAGCUUUGCACAAGACGGGAACUGCUGAGCUCUACAACCCUUACCCGACUUAUGCGUUCACCGGAUCCACGAGACCUGUACAUCCACUCUCUGCAAGACGCACCGUACCCAAGUCUAUUCCCCACCCCGAAUAUGCCAAGAGCGGCAUUCCCAGCGGUGAACGGUACCUCAAUAGGUCGAAAGUUGACCUCCUGGACGCCAAGGGCCAAGAGGCAAUGCGCAAGGUCAGCAGACUAGCACGAGAGGUGUUGGAUAUCGUUGCAGCAGAGAUAAGACCCGGUGUGACUACCGACUACCUUGAUGAGGUCUGCCACAAAGCAUGCCUAGAGCGGGACUCAUAUCCCUCUCCAUUGAACUACAACUUCUUUCCCAAGUCUAUAUGCACCUCUGUCAACGAGGUCAUAUGCCAUGGUAUACCUGAUCAGAGGAAAUUAGAGGAUGGAGACAUCAUCAAUCUCGAUGUCACAUUAUACCACGAAGGGUAUCACUCUGACCUCAACGCAGCAUAUUAUGUGGGUGACAAGGCAAAGGCAGACCCAGACUCAGUCCGGGUAGUGGAAACCGCGAGGGAAUGCUUGGAUGAGGCAAUCAAGCUGGUGAAACCGGGCACACCCUUACGCGAGAUCGGUAACGCCGUCGAGAAAUAUGCCAAGUCCAAGGGAUGCUCCGUCGUGAGGACCUGGGGUGGUCAUGGUAUCAAUUCUACCUUUCAUGCUUCACCCUUCGUACCGCAUUAUGCAAAGAACAAGGCCGUGGGUGUGUGCAAACCUGGCAUGACCUUUACGAUUGAGCCGGCUAUCGCAUUAGGGAAGUAUCGGGAUAUAACCUGGCCAGACAAUUGGACCAACACUACCAUUGAUGGUAAAAGGGCUGCUCAAUUUGAGCACACUUUGCUAGUCACGGAAACGGGAGUGGAAGUUUUGACAGCACCUACUGAGAAGUCACCUGGAGGGCCGGUCCCCAUGCCAGUAGCAAGUUGCUCAUGA